CCAUCUAGUGUGAGGUUGCGAGAACUGCCUGACUUGACACGGAAGAAAGGGAAUUUAUCAAACCCAGAGGAGGUUACAAAAGAAGCUAAUUUAGAGCAGAAGGGAGAAAAUAAUAUUAAUAACAUCACGGUUAACAGCUACUAGGGUGUCAGGGGUUUCAGCCAGGCUGAGGGCUUUGCAAAGCCUGGGGAUUUCAAACGGCUCCAGUGUUAGAAGCUGGGAUGUGUAAUUUCGUGUCUAAUUUCAGUUUAUUUAAUGGCAGGUAUUGGAAAUUUCACAGUAAAAAGGAAGACAUUUUUAUUAGACAUAGAAGUUUCUUAAGCCUUCGACAGAGAUCGUUUCCGAGACCAUAAGGACAUUUAAAAAAAGAAAAAAAAAGUGAUUCUUCUUUGAAGGCUGGGGAGCCUAGAUUUGUGUUGCUGUUGAAAGAAGAGCGACUGUUGCUGAAACGCUGUGCCGGUUUACAUGCCCUAAACUUGGUUUGACCAUAAAUCUAGUAGGAGGCUCAAUAGAAAACAGCAGGCCCAGAAGUUGGAGCUGUUGGGGUGACCGACGGGACUAGUCCGAGUAAAACCCGGCGGAAGAUAGUCGCGUCUGGGCUUGGUUAAGGGAUCCCUGGCGUACAGAAACAUAUUUAUGUAAACGUUGUUUUUUAAAAAAUAUAUAUAUUAAAAGAUGAAACUCCUUGAAAAUUCGAGUUUCGAAGCCAUGAAUACACAGCUUACAAUUGAAACUGGAGACUGCCAGAUUAUUGGACGAAUUGAGAGUUACUCCUGCAAGAUGGCCGGCGAGGACAAGCAGAUGUUUAAGCAGUUCUGCCAGGAGGGGUUGCCACACGUUCUGGAGGCUCUGUCCCCUCCACAGACCAGCGGAGUCAGCCCCAACAAGCAGAGCCAAAGCCAGAGUGGAGACGAGGGGGAGGGGCCUCUCUCGGACCAAUGCAGCCGCAAGACGCUGUUCUACCUGAUCGCCACGCUCAAUGCCUCCUUCAGACCGGACUAUGACUUCAGCAGGGCAAAGAGCCACGACUUCAGCAGAGAGCCCAGUCUCAACUGGGUUUUCAAUGCUGUCAACAGCAGCCUGUCCUCUGCGGCUGGAGAGGAGUUCAACCGGCUCCAGCCACAGCUCUGGCAGGCCGUCGACGAUGAGAUCUGCCUCUCUGAGUGCGAUAUCUACAGCUAUAACCCUGAUCUAGAUUCUGAUCCUUAUGGAGAGGAAGGAAAUAUGUGGUCCUUUAAUUACUUUUUCUACAACAAGAGACUGAAAAGGAUAGUCUUUUUCACAUGCCGUUCAGUCAGUUUGUUCAUGGCCCCGCGGGACUCCGGCCUGGGGAAUGAUCUGGAUCUGGAGCUGGAGGAGGGCAGCUUUGAAGAAGAGGGGAAUAUGGAUGAAGAGAGGUGGGCCUUGGUGUGUGGAGCUUUGUGUGCUUGAAGCAGCUGUGGGGAGUGAUGCUCGUUCCUGUGGAAUCAGAAGAGAUCUGCGUUCAGUGCUGCUUGAGCUAAAGCUCAACUAAAUGGUUUUUAACAUGUAUGUCUUUGUUUUAUUUUUGGUGCUUAACCCUAGCAUGCAGCAAUGCACUGCGUCUUACUGCAGCUUGGAAUCCACAUGGGUGCCCCACUUACUUUUUAUUGUCCUAUUUUAAUUUGGCCAGCGGGUUUGAAAUUCUGCGCUCGCUGAAGCCACACACCCCCAGCCUGUUCACUCGGAGGCUGUGUUUGAAAUGUGAAUGUGUCCAUAUACUGUUUUCUAGCUAGUUUCCGCGCUAGAAAAGUGUUUUUUUAAAAAGUUAAUUGUUUUUUUUGUUUUUUUUACAAAUGUUGUAUGGAACCCUUUAUUGUUUAAUAAGCAUGUUGUUGGCCCUGGAUGGGAUGGGAGGGGGGGAAGAGCAAUACUGAUGGUCAAUCAGCAGGACUUUACACCCCUCACUCAGCGUAUAUUCAUGUGUGUAUAUUAAUGAGCAGUCAGUGGUUCAAGCUAAUAAUAGCUGUCUGUUUAAGUGUGCAGCAUUUAAAAGGCGGAGCUCUGCCGGAUAAAUAUAUCCUCUGUUAAUCGAGAUUUCAGUCAGAAUGUUAUAUGUUAAGAAGAUUCCAGUUUUGCUUAAGACCUCACAAAAGGGCCUGGAUGUCGCUUUGAAAAAAGAUACAUGUGCAUUCGGCAGUUCAGUUGUUGUCUGGCUUAUAGCUUUGUGUGUGUUCAAUAAAGUGAAAAUGUCAUUUAAUUACACCUGACUGACCACUUGGUAUCCCCAUACCUCCAUAUCAGACUCGAGCUGGGCGUCCAGGUGAUGCAAACGUGCCAGGAUGUGACGCCCUGCUUGUGAAUACAAAUCCAACAUGUACCUGUGUUGCUUUUAGGUGUCAAAAUGAACACUCUUCAAUAAUCCAGAAUACCAACAAAGGAAAUGCUUUCGUGAGACAUUAAACAGUGGGGGGCAUGAUCUCAGUCCAAAAUUAGCCUUUAGUUUCUGAAACGGAAAUAGAAACUACAAUGCCUUUAAUAAGCCUUUUUUGUGUGUGUGUGCAUUUUGAAGCCUGUGCACCCUUAAGAGUUAUAGCUGAUGCUGGAAACUCCUCCAGUGCACAGGUCACGUUUGCACUUCUGUUUUAUUUUUUUGUAAUAGCUUGAUUAUCAACUCGCAGACGAUUGAUUUCAUAUAGAGACAUUUUUAUUUUUUCUCACUGGGCUUGUUUGCAAACGCAAGCAUUUCUAUAUACAGUAGAUGAUAUUCUCCAAUAUUCUGCUGCACAGUGUUUUCUGAAAUGUGUAAUGUUUUAGCAGACACACGCCUUGUCAAAUGUUGUACUGUGUUUGUGUCUCAAAGGAAGGCUCAAUAAAUGCCUGUUAAUGUUU